AUGUCUUGGGACGAUGGAACACACGCCAAGGUGAAGAAAGUAGAGCUUACGUACGAUGAAAUCAUCUACUCAAUCAAAGUCACGUACGAAGGAUCCAACCUUCAAUCCCAGCUUCGUGGCUCCAUUGGCCCCAAACCUGCCGAGUUCACUUUGGCUUCUGACGAGUACAUAACGGCUGUUAAUGCUUACGGCAAAACGUUGGGCUCGCAAGAAGCUAUUACGUUUCUGGCUUUUACGACCAACAAGAAGACUUACGGUCCGUACGGAAACAAAUCCGGUUACCAGAUUUCUGCUCCUGAGGCCACCGGUAAACAGAUUGCCGGUUUCCUUGGUUCUAGCAGCAAUAUCCUCAACUCCAUCGACGUUCACUACGCUCCUGUACCCACCGGAACUGGCGGCACCGGAGAAACUGGUGGAAGCACCGGAGAAACUGGCGGCGGAGGCACCGGCAGCACCGGAGGGACCGGCGGCACUGGAGGAACUGGCGGCACCGGAGGAACCGGUGGAACCGGCGGAACAAGUUCAGGGGCUCAGAAAUUGGAUGCACAAGGUGGCACCGGAGGAAUCGCAUGGGACGACGGAUCUGAUCACGACGGUGUGACGAAGAUAUACAUAAGACAAGGUGCACUAGGCAUUCAAUACGUUAAGUUCGACUAUGUGAACGCUCGACAGCCAAUCACAGGAGCCAUGCACGGUGUGCAGGGUAGUAGAGGUUCAGAUAAAAACAUUGUGAUUAUCCAUCCUGACGAAUAUCUAAUCUCCGUCAAGGGUUGGUAUGAUUCCUCCAAUGUCAUUCAAGGAAUCCAAUUCAAAACCAACAAGACAACAUCUGAGAACUUUGGUUAUGAAUUAGAUGGUGAUGGUACGGAGUUUACUCUACAGGUUCAAGAAAAAAAGAUCAUUGGAUUUCAUGGAUCCGCUAGUAACCAUCUUAAUUCCAUUGGAGCUUAUUUCGUUCCAUUAGUCAGCACCACUCCUUCUGUUCCUCCGAAGAAACUGAAAGCAGAGGGUGGUGAAGGAACUGUGUGGGACGAUGGUAGUCACGACAAUGUUAAGAAGGUAUCUGUAGGACAAGGCGACAGUGGUGUAGCAGCUGUCAUGUUUGAAUACACAAAUGGUCCUCAAGUGGUUAUUGGAGUUGAACGUGGGAAGUCCACACCGCUAGGAUUUGAAGGGUUUGAGCUUGCAUCAGAUGAAUACAUAACAUCCGUGGAAGGAACCUACGAUAAAAUCUAUGGGAAUGACAGUGCUAUAAUGACAAUGCUUAUUUUCAAGACUAGCAAGGACAAAACAUGGGGGCCGUAUGGGCUUGAAGGUAGCACACGUUUUGUAUUAAAGGAGGAAGGUUACAAGAUUGUCGGGUUCCACGGACGAGCUGGUGAGAAUAUUAAUGCUCUUGGAGCUUAUUUAGCUCCAAUAGGCACUAUACCUAUAAUUCCUGCAACGCCAAGCCAGAAGCUAGAAGGAGUUGGUAGUGAUGGAGGAACUUCAUGGGAUGAUGGUGCGUACGAUGGUGUUAAGAAAGUNUAUGUAGGUCAAGCCGAUAGUGGUAUAUCNGCCGUUAAGUUUGAGUACAACAAAGGAGCUCAAGUUGUAUUUGGAGAUGAACAUGGAGAACCCACAUUGCUUGAUUACGAAGAGUUUGUGAUUGACUAUCCAAGUGAAUACAUCACGCAAGUGGACGGCACCUUUGAUAAGAUAUUUGGGAGUGAUGGCACGGUCAUAAAUAUGCUUAGGUUCAAGACUAACAANAAAACAUCUAUUCCUUAUGGACUUGAAGCUGGCACACCCUUCGUAUUCAAAAAGGAAGGCCACAAGAUUGUUGGGUUCCAUGGAAGCGUCGGUAAUCUGCUUAAUAAAUUUGGAGUCCAUGUCCUACCCAUUACCAACUGA